UUCUCCCACAACCUUCUCCUAUCUCUCUCUAUAAUAACUAUCUCUCUCCUCCACAGAGACACACCCAGGCACACACCCCGCCCACCAUUUCUACUACUCCUUCUCUCCCUCCGGUUUCUCAUAAACCCAGCAAGAAAACAGAUAACUAAAACCCCACCACGAAAAGCGGCGAGCAAUGCUCCCAUUCCGGCUAUACGCCGCCGUUUUGUUCGUCUUCAGUAUCUCCCUCCUCUUCCCCCCGUUCUGCAUCGGGAUUCGCUCAUUCCCGACGAGGGCGAUCGACGGCGGGGAUGCCUUUGAACUCGGCUCCGCCCCCUGGGUCCGAUUCUCCGAAGCCCCGGACUAUCGAAACGGCGCCGGAUGCGCCGUUUCGUUGAACCGGGAAAUGGUGUCCUCCUGCGACCCGUCCUUGGUCCACAUCGCCAUGACUCUCGACUCCGAGUACCUCCGGGGGUCAGUGGCUGCAGUGCACUCCGUCAUCAAGCACGCUUCUUGCCCGGAAAACGUCUUUUUCCACUUCAUCGCCGCCGAGUUCGACCCGGCGAGUCCCCGGGUCCUGACCAAACUCGUCCGAUCCACCUUCCCCUCCCUCAAUUUCAAGGUUUACAUAUUCCGGGAGGACACCGUUAUUAAUCUCAUCUCGUCGUCGAUUCGGCAGGCGCUCGAGAACCCGCUCAACUACGCGAGAAAUUACCUGGGCGAUAUUUUGGGCCAGUGCGUGGACCGGGUCAUUUACUUGGACUCCGAUGUGGUUUUGGUCGACGACAUUCACAAGCUCUGGAACAUUUCGCUCACCGGGUCGCGGGUCAUUGGAGGCCCGGAGUAUUGCCACGCCAACUUUACCAAGUACUUCACCGACGGGUUCUGGUCCGACCCGGUUCUCUCCCGGGUUUUCUCCUCAAGAAACCCCUGCUAUUUCAACACCGGUGUGAUGGUGAUGGACCUGGUGAGGUGGAGGGAGGGAAAUUACCGAAAGAGGAUAGAGAACUGGAUGGAAUUACAGAGGAAGAGAAGGAUUUACGAGCUGGGUUCUCUGCCGCCGUUCUUGCUCGUCUUCGCCGGAAACGUGGAGGCCAUAGACCACCGGUGGAACCAACACGGCCUCGGCGGCGACAAUGUCAGAGGCAGCUGCCGGUCUCUGCACCCUGGUCCGGUCAGUCUCCUCCAUUGGAGCGGCAAGGGCAAGCCCUGGGUCAGACUCGAAACCAAGAACCCGUGCCCGCUGGACCACCUCUGGGUGCCGUACGAUCUCUACAAGCCGAUCCACCACCUCAACCCGGCCAAGUUUCAAUCUUUAUCGUCGAUUUCCGCAUCUACAUUGAUCGGGUUUUCCAGCUAUUUGUCGUGAGAUGAUUGGGUUUAUGAUAAUUCUUUCGUACUUUGUUCAUUCAGACAUUCUUUCGAUAGCUAUUUUGUACAGAUUGAUUGAAAUUUUAGUUGAAUUUACAAUAUUUUUUCUUCUUGUUUCUGUAAUUUUCUCGGCGGAUUUCACACAUGCGAUGAAACAAUUCAAUUUUCCAUUUUUGGGGUUCCAAUUUUUGGAGCCGUUUUGGAGAAUGAACGAUUUUCCUUGAAUGUAA